GAGCCAUUCUACACCAGUCAUUAGUUCUUCCCUGCAUAGUUCAACCUUGCGCUACUCCCUACUUUCUAGUAUUCGCUGCGGAAGAUCGCUCCCUUCAUUAACGAGCUCGAAAAUCUGCCAACCCAGUUCUCGAACUCUGGAUUUUGGAGCUUAAAGAUGAAAGCUUUAUUCGCUAUCCGCUGCUCUUCUUCCUCAGUCGGCUUCACUUAUCUCCUCUCUAAACCCGUUUUACCCUCUUCCAGAGAAAAAGACUCCGCCUUUGGUUUCCGCUUGUUGGUUGUUCUGGUUCUAAUGGGAUUUGCCCUUCUGCUAUAGUUGAUUUUCGUCACCCUCGUCCUAAUUGCAAGAUAUGGGGACUUGAAAUAAGCUUCGAGCUAUUUAUUUGUGUUAUUUCGUUCUAUUAUGGUGAAAUUGAAGUGUUCUCUGAUGAAGCGUUGUUGAAAAGCUUUACGUAUUGGUGUUGCUUUGUUUCAGAAAUCGGCUCUUCCUCCCUGACAAAGCAUUCUUUUUCUGCCGGGGGACAUUUGGUACUAGGGUAGAUGGAUUAUCCGCGGCAAGAUCAGUGCCACCAACAUUGCUCACUGCAGAAAAGGAAGAAGCAAAAGCUGUUCUAGCCUUGUUCUUGAAGAACCAGGGUGUGAGCAAGUCAGUCGCUUCGAGAACUGCCAACAAAUCGGAUGUCUUCAUCGACCAUCUCAUUUCCAGGCUACAUUCUGUUCACAAAUCUCGGUAUCUAGUAGGAAGAGAACUCACAACUCUUGAGAUUAGGGACGCUCUCAUUCCUUACCUUGAAUCGCUCCACGAAGAACACGGCAACGUUCUGGUUGAUGUUGUAGAGAACUUUCCAGACCCUCCGGUUAAAGAUAAACCUGCUGCUGCUGCUCUUCCUGCCAUUCCUCCUCCUGAAGUACCUCUCAGUUCGAAGAAGCUAAAAGCUGUGAGUCGAGUGAGCGAGAUAGGCCCAGCUGGUGACCUUCCACCUCACAUCCUCUACCUCAUAGAUCUCGGUUUGGACUUGGAAAAAAUCAAAGUGAUCACUAGAAAGUUCCCGGCUUUUGCUUACUACAGCUUGGAAGGCAAGAUCAAGCCGAUAGUUGAGUUCCUCAUUGAUCUAGGCAUACCUAAAGAAAACCUCCCAGUCAUCCUAACCAAAAGGCCACAACUCUGUGGGAUCAGCCUUUCAGAAAACAUCAUACCCACCAUGAGAUUCUUGGAAGAUUUGGGAGUCGACAAGGCACAAUGGGCAAAAGUGAUAUACCGGUUCCCAGCUCUACUUACUUACAGCAGGCAGAAGGUCGAAUCGACUGUGGAUUUCCUCUCAGAAAUGGGUGUCUCGGCUGACAGCAUAGGGAAGAUCUUAACUCGGGCACCAAACAUCAUCAGCUAUAGCGUGGAGGACAAGCUUCGUCCCACAGCAGAUUACUUCAGUUCUCUCAAUGUCGAUGUAGGCAUUCUUCUAUUCCGUUCUCCUUCAACGUUCGGUCUUAGCAUCGAGGCGAACUUGAAACCCAUCACCGAGUUCUUCUUGGGGAAAGGGUACACACAAGAGGAAAUCGGGAUCAUGAUCUCGAGGUAUGGAGCUCUGUAUAGCUUCAGCUUGGAGGAUAACCUUAUCCCGAAAUGGGAGUUCUUCCUAACCAUGGAUUACUCCAAGGACGAGCUUGUCAAGUUCCCACAGUACUUUGGCUAUAGCUUGGAGCACAGGAUCAAGCCGAGGUACGCUCUUGUCAGGGAGUAUGGAGUGAGGUUGCUUCUGAACCAGAUUCUUUCCUUGUCGAGUAGUAACUUCGAUAAGGCCUUGGAGAAGAAGCUCAUGAUCAUGACCAAGAAGAAAACUCUCUUGAUUUGAAGAUGUAUUUUUUUUGGCUUGAUGUUCAUCUUCAUGCUUAUAGUUAGUGUCUUGUGGUUGUGCUGAUGUUUAGUUAGAAGCUAGUUUGUAUGAAUGCAGUUGUAGACUUGUAGUAGUACAGAUUCAAGAUGAUGUACAAGGUUGGAGGGAUUUUCUCUUCUUGUAUGAAACAUCUAGCGGGCCUAAGAACCGAGAUCAAGUCCAGAGCACCGGAGAGAGAUUGGGCCCGUGGUUUGUGGAUAAUUACAGACCAAUAAGGUAAAACGAGGGAUUGACACGCCAUCUUAACACGAGUCAGAAUUUCACUACUUCCAUGCGAUUUUGGCUUCCCACCGAUUUCUAUGAAAUAAUAUUACAAUAAAUAAUUAAUA